AUGGCAAGAACUUCAGGAAGUGGAAAGAAAUCAAAAAAGUCAGAGGAUGUAGAGAGUGACGAUCCACAGGAAGAGGAGGUUAAGAAAACAACAAAAAGAAGUAAAUCAAAAGAAACAAAUGAUAAAGAAUCAUCAAAAUCAUCAAAAUCAUCAACAACAUCAUCAUCAUCGAAAUCUAAAUCAUCUUCUGCAGCAGCUUCUUCUUCAUCAUCGAAAAAGAAACCAUCAGUAGUUGUCCCAGAACCAUCACCAAAAACAAACUUUGUAUCUGAAAUCGAAGAUGAUGACGAUGAAAACCUUCCCUAUGGAUUGAGUGACAGCGAUAAUGAUGAUGAUUAUGAUGGUGAACAGAAACACGAAUCGAUUGUAUCAUCAAGAUCAACAAAGUCGAAUGGAUUGCAACCGGAGUAUGAAGAGUUAUUUUACACACCAAAGAAAAGACAUCAUAGAAAGGGCAGUCGUGAUAACAACAAAGAUGAUGACGCCGAAGAUAACGAUCUGAUGUAUAAGCGACCGGUUGGCCAAGCGGUAACACUUCUUCAGUAUUACGAUCAGACUGUAAAUUAUACUCGUGAGAUGUUGGAGCAGUUGUCUCGUCAGAUCCGUAGACAUCCAAUGUUGGCAGCUCGCUCCUAUCGAUUCCUCCACAAAGGACUGACCACAAAGAUUAGACAUCAAAAGAUUCAGGUGGCGAUAAGUGGAUUGUUGGCAUUGUCGUUGAUUGCACUCUAUAUAUUUUCACCACUGCCAUCGGUACACCGUUUUGAGUUGUCACCGACAUCACCCACCAUGCAAGAGGACAAGAGUUCACCGGUCGGUUUCGACGACGACUUUGACUUGCCACUCCAACAACACAAUCAUACUGCAUUCAAAGAGAAUUGGGCACGUUUCUCUGUUGUGGGAAUCUCCAACUAUCUCUGUGGUAAUUACAACUUCAAUCCUAUCAUGGAUGCUAUGAUGCCGCCUGGCGAUGAGCUGCAUAAUGUACGAAUCUUUGGAUCGGCACUCUUUGCAGGAGUUGUUUUGUUUGUCUUGUGGUUGUGCGCUACUCGUUUGGCAGAACGCGAAAUCAUUUUGGAUUCAGGACUUGCCGGGCAGAUUACACAUGGUAUACUGACAAUCGUUGUCAUCCCAAUAGCAUCAUCCGCAUUCUGGGCAUUGCUCGCACUCUACUUUACUCAGACGAUGGUUGUUUCCUCUGGCGUGCCAAAUGUAACACAGGGCAAAGAGGAUAUAUUCAAAUGUGUCAGCAAGCUAAGCAAUGGCAUGCAGGAACUAAUGACAUUCUCACCGAUUCGCGAGUUAUUGGUGGGAGCCGUCGGCACUGGCUUUGCACGACCGUGCUGGAUUGCCGGCAGAGGCAAUGGCGCCAAUCUCUCUCAUGUGGUGUCUGGUGAUAGGAACAGCGAUCUACUAUCUCAUUACGAUUGUAUCAUCGAUCUACACGAUCUUCCACGACAACAAAGUUCUCAAUCAUCAAUCGCAGUACAACAGGCAGCAGUUGAUCGAUCAAGAGCUGAUCACUAUCGAUCUGAAAUCACUACCGUCGUUCCUUCCCGAGUCACAGUGAUCUUGCUGGCAGCGGCCUUUGCACUCUGGAUAUUCGGACUGCCAAAGUGGAGAGUCCACGAAGGAGAAGCAUUCUACGUAUUCUUGGCAUUGAUGCCAUUGAUCAAAGCAGUCUACAAUCUAAUCGUUAUCGAUCAGCGAAAACAAAAGAUACCAAACCCACAACCACAUUUACAAACAAUCAUUGAUGAAGAUGUAGAAUAUGAUUAA